AGGAUGGGCUGCGUGCCCUGCAAAGAGAAGGUGUGCAGCAAAGGGCAGGGGAGGGGUGAGACGGCGUCCCCCCAGCCCCUCCCCUCCCAGUACGACCCUGACCCCACGCAGCCAGGCACCAUCUUCACCUGCAUCCCAGACUUCAACAACUUCCACAGCCCCGCGGCGCUGCCCUCGGCUCCAGCCCUUGCAGGGCCGGGGGGGGUCAGCACCAACACCCUGCAGAUGCGGACUGGGGGCAUCACAGGUGGGGGGGUGACGCUUUUCAUCGCCCUCUAUGACUAUGAGGCCAGGACAGAGGAUGAUUUGACCUUCCAGAAAGGGGAGAAGUUCCACAUCAUCAACAACACGGAGGGUGACUGGUGGGAGGCCAGGUCACUGAGCUCAGGCACCACAGGCUACAUCCCCAGCAACUACGUGGCCCCCGUGGACUCCAUCCAGGCAGAGGAGUGGUACUUUGGGAAGAUUGGGCGCAAGGACGCCGAGAGGCAGCUCUUGUGCCACGGCAACUGCAGGGGCACCUUCCUCAUCCGGGAGAGUGAGACCACCAAAGGUGCCUACUCCCUGUCCAUCCGGGACUGGGACGAGGCCAAGGGGGACCACGUGAAGCACUACAAGGUGCGGAAGCUGGACAGCGGCGGCUACUACAUCACCACCCGGGCGCAGUUCGACAGCGUCCAGCAGCUGGUGCAGCACUACAUAGAGCGGGCAGCAGGGCUGUGCUGCCGCCUGGCUGUGCCGUGCCACAAAGGGACACCCAAGCUGGCAGACCUCUCAGUCAAGACCAAGGAUGUGUGGGAGAUCCCCCGGGAGUCCUUGCAGCUGCUCAAGAAGCUGGGCAACGGGCAGUUCGGGGAAGUGUGGAUGGGGACAUGGAAUGGCACCACGAAGGUGGCAGUGAAGACGCUGAAGCCUGGCACGAUGUCCCCAGAGGCCUUCCUGGAGGAGGCUCAGAUCAUGAAGAGGCUGCGGCACGACAAGCUGGUGCAGCUCUACGCCGUGGUGUCCGAGGAGCCGAUCUACAUCGUCACUGAGUUCAUGAGCCAGGGCAGCUUGCUGGAUUUCCUGAAGGAUGGGGACGGCCGCUACCUGAAGCUGCCCCAGCUGGUGGACAUGGCUGCCCAGGUGGCGGCAGGCAUGGCCUACAUUGAGCGGAUGAACUACAUCCACCGGGACCUGCGUGCUGCCAACAUCCUGGUGGGGGAGAGCUUGGUCUGCAAGAUCGCUGACUUCGGCCUCGCCCGCCUCAUUGAGGACAAUGAGUACACAGCACGCCAGGGUGCCAAGUUCCCCAUCAAGUGGACAGCGCCGGAGGCUGCCCUGUUCGGGAGGUUCACCAUCAAGUCAGAUGUUUGGUCCUUUGGCAUCCUCCUGACCGAGCUGGUGACCAAAGGCCGCGUCCCCUACCCAGGGAUGAACAACAGGGAGGUGCUGGAGCAGGUGGAGCGUGGGUACCGCAUGCCGUGCCCGGGCAGCUGCCCGCCCUCGCUGCACGAGGGGAUGGUGCAGUGCUGGCGCCGGGAGCCCGAGGAGCGUCCAACCUUCGAGUAUCUCCAGGCCUUCCUCGAAGACUACUUCACUGCCACCGAGCCCCAGUACCAGCCUGGGGACAACCAGUGACCCUCUGCCAGCCCCUGGGGAGGCCUU